CCCGACCGGAAGCAGCGUCUCCCCCGUGUCAGUGGACUGGUGGCAGCGAAGCAGAGAAACAGCAGAGAAACAGCAGAAAACUACCAGAAAACUACCGGAAAACCAGCAGAAAACUACCAUAAAUCCAGCAGAAAACUCCCAUUAAGAUGCCGUUCGUCGAGCUGCAGACCAACCUGCCCGCGGGCGCGUUCACGGACGACUUCGUCAAGAAGCUGUGCGCAUGCGCGGCCGCAACUCUGAACAAGCCGGAGGAGAGGAUGAACAUGGUGGUGAAGCCCGGCCUACCGAUGCUGAUGGCCGGCUCCUUCUCUCCCUGCGUGAUGCUGUCGGUGUCGGCCAUCGCUGCCACCGACUCCGCCGACAAGAACAAGGAGCACAGCGCUAAGCUGUUCGAGUUCCUGACCCGGGAGCUGGGGUUACCUGAGGACAGAAUCGUCGUGCUGUUCCACGCGCUGCAGCCUCACCAAGUCGGCAAGAAGGGAACGGUCAUGAGCUUCCUGUGAAGAAGCACGACUUCCUGCCGUCUCAUCUGUAAAUGAAGAAGCAUCGACGCUAGUAACUGUGAAGGAAAGGAUUUCCGAAAGGUCUUUAGUUUUCAUCUCCUACCACUGUCCACCAUGGAAGUUGUUUGUGAGACGUGUGUUUCUGCCACGUUGACGACUUUCUGUUCAUGAUAAUAAAACCUCGUAAACAAAG